AUGGCUCCUGUACUACUAAGCACAAUGCCCCACCGCUUUAUCUACACCAUCUUCUGUGUCUUCAGAAUUAUAGCUGCUAUUGAGACUGAAUACCAGCUUGACUCUCAGCCUCUGCGUCCUUGUGAGCUGGCACGGGAAAGGGCACUGUCUAAUAGAGAGAGCUACGUCCCUCAGUGCUCAAGUGAAGGCUUAUACAGAAACAUACAGUGCAGUGGAGAUGGGCAGACCUGUUGGUGUGUAAAUGCCAAUGGGGCAGAAUUAGCAGGAAGCAGGCAGACCGAUGCCCCCCCUGUGUGUUUAUCUUUUUGCCAACUUGCAAAGCAGCGGAUUUUGGUGAGUGGGUAUAUAAACAGCACCUCAACAUCCCACAUACCCCAGUGCAAGGACUCGGGGGAGUUUGAGCCGGUACAGUGCCAUCGGGAAAGCGGACAAUGCUGGUGUGUGGAUUCAGAAGGAAUGGAGAUCUAUGGGACAAGGCAGACAGGAAAACCUUCUCAAUGUCCGCGGAGUUGCCAAGUAAGAGGCCGCCGUAUUUUGCACGGUUUCGGAGAGAAGACUCCUCCCCAUUGCUCUGCCGACGGUACAUUCCAGCCGAUACAGUGUAAGCUUCUCAAUACAACCGAUAAGAUGGCGGUGGAUGUUGUCAGCAGUUUCAGCAGGUUCCCAGAAACCUUCGAGUCGUUUUCUUCCCUACGAGAGUCUUUCCCAGAGAUCUCUGGAUACUGUUACUGUGCCGAUAGGCUGGGCAGGGAGCUGGCAGGCACCGGGUUGGAACUGCUGUUGGAUGAAGUCUAUGACACCGUUUUCUCUGGGCUGGCGCCGUCCCGCACGUUUACAGAAACCACUGUCUAUCGCAUUCUACAAAGACGGUUUUUAGGAGUGAGGCUGAUGACUUGCGGGAGAUUCCGCUGUCCAUCUGUUUGUGAAGUCCAGAGAUUCACUGCCUCUCAAAUGGGGGACAUCUAUGUUCCUUCUUGUGAUGACAAUGGAGACUUCAACCCUAUUCAGUGUCAAACAGGACAACAGUGCUGGUGUGUGGAUUCUAAAGGACGUGAAAUCCACGGAACAAGACGUUUAGGAGACUCUCCAAGCUGCAAUAUGGAUGAUUGUCCUACGAAGAGAAGGCAAGCUCUGUCAAGUUUGUUUAAUGGACCUACGGGACACUUUGGAAAGCACAGUCUGUUUGUUACUCAAGAGGAAGAAUUAGGAUCCCAAAUAAAUGCAAAAUUUUGCUCAUCUUAUCUGACGGAACUUUUUGGGAAAUCUGGCCUCCUGUUUCCCAUCAUGCAAAAAGUCAGAUUCCAGCUGGGCAGCUUUAUCAGGGACAUGGUUGCUGGUCUUUUUCCAUCCAAAGAACUGAUGCAGAUUGCCUUAAAUUUUGUCCGCAAUCCCAAAAAUUUUCAAGAAAACUUAUUUGGGGGAAAGUACUUAAAAAACCUUGGUUCUUUCAACUUCAGUGGGGCAGUUGGUACAAACAGCAAGUUCAACUUUAGUGGUUUCUUUCAACAGAUCGGAUUAACGGGCAUGUACAGCGGGGGGAAUUUUAGAGAACUCGCCAAAUUAUUUUCCGCAGCGGAAGAUUCAUACCUUACCAAAGACUCAUUAAACAUCUCCAAGCCCGUCUUUAACUUGAACCAACCCAUUCAAGGUGAUUUCGGUCGCAUAGUAAACCUUCGGGAAAACCAGGACCUCGUUGGAGUUUUUGCUUCAGUUCUAGAGUUAGAAGAAUUAGCACUGUUUUUGCGGAACGUAAUUUCUGUUCCGACUAACGUUGCUCAAAGUGCAGCAGAAGCUGUACAAGUCGUCGUUCAGUCAAACGAUUGCGAGAAAAGAAGCUCGGAGAUUUAUAUUCCAGUGUGCAAAGAAGAUGGACGAUAUAACGAUAUUCAGUGCAGUAAAACCGAGUGCUGGUGUGUGGAUGACCAGGGCAGGGAAAUAGAUAGAACAAGAACGCAGGGAAAGCACCCAAGAUGUCCUACGAAAUGUGAAAAGGAACGAUAUAGACAAACAGUGGUGAGGGAAAGCCUGCCCCCUGGGGCGGAGUUAUUUAUUCCAGCCUGUGAUCUUGAAGGACAUUUUUUGACAGUUCAGUGCACAGGAAAGCUUUGCUUUUGUGUUGAUUUAGAAGGAAGAAUCAUUCCAGGAACCCAAAAAGUCUCUGGUGAUGAUAUACAAUGCCCAAGUUUGUGCCAGCUGGCAGCCGGCAACGCCUUUCUACAGAGCACAAUGUCCUUCUUGGCAGAACCCAAACUCGUGCAGUUAUCCGAUGUUUAUGUCCCACAGUGCGCGCAUGAUGGGAAAUGGAAACCGGUUCAGUGUAACGGACCUGCUGAGCAAGUCUUUGAGCUCUAUGAACUGUGGACAAAGCAAAACAAAAACAUUACCCUUUCCGAGACUUUCAAUAUUAUACAGAGGUAUAAAAGGACCUCCGCUCAGAGCUUUCCUACCUUUGUCAAUGAGCUGUACAAUAAUGGGCAUCAGAAAGUUUUCCCAAUUUUCUCAAGCUAUAAUACCUUUAAUAAUGUUCCAGCUGAGCUUUUGAGUGGAGACCUGACCUCACCAUCUGAUAAUAUUUUACUCAAUCCUUUUGUGUUCUGGAGACUGUUAAACGGAAGCCUUACCUUCUACCCAGGGCCAUACACUGCCUUCUCUCAACCCUUAAGCCAUUUUGAGCUUCGGAACUGUUGGUGUGUUGACCUUGAAGGACAAAAACUUGAGCAGAAAGAAGUGUCCAAGAAUGAGGUUCCUCAAUGCCCGACAUCUUGUGAGCUUGCAAAGCUGAGGGCCAUGAAGUUCAUCAAAGAGGCCGAAGAUCUAUCUGCAAUAUCUAACAUUUCUCAUUUUCCUUGGGGACUGAGCUUUUUAAUAGCAAAUGGGAUAGAGCUAACAGAACGGGAACUUCUGCACCCAGAGGGCUUCUUUAGAUCAGGGGAGCCAUUCUUUGAGAGGUUCCGGGACAGAGGGGACUAUGCCGUUCAUCUGGCUGCACAAUCAACAUUGCGAUUCCAUUGGCAACAGAGAAGUUCUUUGGAGCGUUCCUCUGGAGAAGUCUCGCGGGUGGCAUAUCGCCCGUAUGUACCCCAAUGUGACGGGCUAGGGCAUUGGGAGCCUGUGCAAUAUUAUGGGAGCACCGGCCACAACUGGUGUGUAGAUGCGGAUGGGAAUUACAUAGCGGGUUCAUUAGAGGGAAGAACAUCACGCCCGCGACAGUGUCAGACGAGAUGCCAACAAGACCAAACAAACAUGGUGGUCUCCAGCUGGCUCCCUCAAACAUGGAGCCCUCAGAGUGGACCUGUAGAUAUGGUUGUACCUGGUUGUAUGGAGAAUGGACAGUUUUCUGCCCUGCAGACAUCAGAGAGUCAGUUUUGGUGUGUGGCGCCUUCCAGUGGCCAAGUCAUCCAGCAUGGCAAAACAGAUAUACCCAGUAAUAAUGAGUGCCCAGGAUACUGCAGUGUGUUGAAAUCUGAAGUGCAAGGACGUAAUGUCGGAUUUCCUUUUGUGCCUGAAUGUGGUGAAAAUGGAGAUUUUUCAUCCACUCAGUGUGACCAGGACGGGACUAUGUGCUUCUGUGUCUUUCCAGAUGGGGAAGAAGCCUUUGGAACACGACAGAAUGUAUCAGAAAUGGGAAAACCACCUACCUGUAAAAGUCCAAUAUGCCCGUUAGCCUUCAGUGCCCAGGAUAUAAGGCACGGAGCAGUCUUCUGUGAAAACAUAUUGGAAGCUGGAAUAACGUUUCAGAAAUGUCAGCUGGUUUGCCGCAAAGGUUAUCAGAAUGUGUUACUCCAGGAUACAUUUACGUGCAAUACAGAUACUCGACUUUGGGGUGUCCAAGUGCCUCACCCUGGAUCUUGCCAAAAAAUUCAGUCGUUUCAAAGCAUCGAGACACAAGCACAGUUCCAGCUCCUUCUUCCUGUUGGCAAAAAGUGCAUGGCCGAAUAUUCGGGAUUAUUACAGGCUUUUAGGACUUUCAUUUUAGACGAUUUGAGGGCCAGAGGGCUGUGCCAGAUUCAGGUGAACUAUUUCGGAAGCAGAGGUGCCGGAGCUGUAUCAGUCUGCGAUGAGUCUACGGUCUUUGUUGAAUGUUUGGCGGUGGAUCGGUUAGGGGUAAAUGUUACUUGGAGAACACAGUUAGAAGAUUUCCCCGAAUCCUUCUUGCCCAGUUUACACGAUAUUGAAGAUGCUCUGAUUGGUGACAAUCUGGUUGGACGCUUUGCCUCUGUUAUCAGUAGUGGGAACUAUUCUCUGACCUUGGACUCUAAAGAAUUUGUUGCCGAUAGGACUGUGCUUUUCCCACACAUGGAGAAGCUGGGUUCCUUCCCACAAACCAGUCUGGGCUGUGCCCAAGGAUUUUUGAAAUCAUUAAAUUCCAAGACCGGCCAGUUUAAUGGAUGUGUUAUUUGCCCAGCUGGGAGUUUUGCACAGAAUGAAGUCUGUAAACUUUGCCCUCUGGGUUUUUAUCAAGUCGAGCCUGGAACUGCCUCUUGCACCAAAUGCCCCCUGGGAACAACCACAGUGAAUGGCGGAGCCUACAACAGAAGCCAUUGUGUGACCAGCUGCCAAAGGAACAGCAUAGGGCUGCUUUGUGACGCUAACGGCCAAUACCAACCAUCUCAGAAGGAUGUGGCAACCAACAGAUAUUUUUGUGUUGAUGUUUUUGGAAAAAGGCUGAUCUGGAGCGAAGCAGAUACGGAGCUCACUGACGCCCAGUGCCUAUUGCUAAGAAAGUUCGAGUUGGUUCCAGAAGACAAAAUCUUGUUCAUUGGUGAAGAUUCUGGAGUGACUCAGCCCAAAGCCAAUGGACAGAUAAAAUCCUUGUUGGAUUGCAUAACAGAUUGUGGCACAGAAGAAUCAUGUGACUACAUUUCUGUAUCUACAAAUGGGAGUGGCUUGAUCUGCGAGCAAUAUAGCGCCAAUGAAUCAAACAUCGUCUGCACUGACGUCCAACAGAAAGAGAGCGUUUUAGGAAACACGGAUUCAGUAAAAAUAGAAAACCCCAAGUGCCAAAUGAAGAUCAGACAGAGAAAUACUGGCAGUCACACAGUGUAUGGGAAAAAAGGAUAUACAUUUUUACGAAGUGGCCAGGCUCUAUUUGAAAGAACCGACUUUGGCAAUAUAAUAUCUGGAGCCUACAAGACGUUGGUUUUCUCUGCUGAUGGAGCUUCUCUAAGUGAGGCCCAUUUGUUUUGUCAUCAAGUUUGUCGGAAGGAUCCCUGCUGUGACGGCUUCAUUCUCAGCCAGAUCAUAUUAAAUAAAGGCACUAUACUCUGUGGCUUGCUCAGCUCACCUGAUGUUUUGCUGUGUAAUGUCAACGACUGGAGUGGAACGUCCCUUCUGGGUGGUGAAGGAGUUUGUAAAGGGGUGAGAUCCAACAAAGAGCAGAAGAUGUUUUCAUUCUUCUUGGGAGGCCAGGAGUUUACUGGAAGCUAUUCCAUGUUGUCGGAAAGCAUUGGCAAGGUGGAAUAUACCACAGAAUUAACCGCUGAGGUCAAAGAAGAAAUCCAGCAACUCUUUGUUACAUUCCAGCGAGUUUUCCUAAAAAGAGAUGGGUCAGGGAAUGGCCUUUCUGACUGUAGUGCUGGAUCCGUGCAGGAACUGAAUAAUUCAAGCAUUUCAGAUUCUGUAUUGGACCUUUUCCUUCCAGUAGAGAGUAAUACAGUAACAACUGACCCCCACCUGAUUAUCUCAAGCCAACAAUAUGGGGUAUCCAGACUGCGCUACUCCUCCGAUCAAGCUCUGCGGUGGUGCCUUACACGUUGUAAAGAAGAAGGGUCUUGGUGCCAUUUGACAGAUUUACAGGAGACUACGGAGGAAUUCUUCACGUGUACCCUAUACCCAGACGCAUGGAAAUGUAGCAACUCUCCCAGUCUGACCCCGGAUGAUUGCAAGAUCACAUUGCACAACAAACCACAGCGUCUCUACCUUAAAAAAGACAUGUUGGGUAACACAGUGAAGAACUUCUAUUCAGUUCUCCCCUUCCGACAAAUAACUGAUGUUUCUGUGAGAAGGAAGAUUGAUAUGACGGGAAAAAGCAUCUCUAAUGGAUUUUUCGAGUGUGAGCUCCACUGCGAUGCCGACCCAUGCUGUAAAGGCUUUGGAUACCUGCAAACAACCCACGGGCCAGGGACAGAGACGCGGUGUUUGCUGCUGAGCAGUAUGGGAAUACAGUCCUGCAUGGAUACGCCUGGAAACCAAUGGCGAGUUCUAAACUGCAGUUCAUCCAUUGAAGGUCGGGGAACUCAUCCUUUUGGGUGGUUCCAGAAGCCGGACAAUCAGCGGUCUCCUCCAUCAUCGCUCUGCCCCCCUGUAGAUGUGUUGAAGAUAAAACAGGAAGAUUUGGGUGAUUGGCUGCUCUUAGACAAAUCCUCUGCGGUUAUUGAUCCAUCUCUGUCUGCCUAUGAUAUGGUGCAAAUCAGCAGAGAAUCCCCCGAUAAUCUCCAGGCUGCUCAGAACUAUUGCUUGGCAGUAUGUGCCAGGGCUCCAUCCUGCGUCACCGCUACAGUUGCACUUCAGGAAGCAGCAGUGAGAUGUCUGUUCUAUCCUGAUAACCAGAACUGCUUCUACGGCCUGCGGAACCAUCAGUGCCAGCUUCUUGUCAAGGAACCAGCAACUUUUAUAUUCAGAAGAAAAGUUCGCCCCCCUCCUUCGACAUCGGUGGCCAUUCCACAAGGGACCCUCCUGGGUAAAUCCGAAGCUGUUGUGAUUGGCUCAAACAUAAAGAACGUUGUUCAGUUCCUUGGCAUUCCCUAUGCGGCUCCCCCAGUUGGAGUCUACCGGUUUAGCCCGCCACAGCCCGUUAACUGGACCGGUGAAUGGAACGCCACGUAUUCUAGGGCUAGCUGCUUGCAGCCUGGAGAUGGGAAAGCUCAAUACUCUUCUGUUGGGGAAGACUGCCUGUAUCUCAAUGUGUUCGUCCCACAACAUGCCGGCACGAAUGCAGCUGUUCUUCUAUAUUUCCAUAACAGCCCAAGCGAUUAUAGUGAAAAAGGACAAACCUUUAUUGACGGUUCCUAUCUGGCAGCUAUAGGCAACAUUGUGGUUGUAACUGCAGGUUACAGGGUUGGUGUAUUUGGAUUUCUGAGCAAUACUGGUGAAACAGCACCAAGUGGGAACUGGGGUCUGCUGGAUCAAGUCGCUGCUUUGAAAUGGGUCCAGGAGAACAUUGCCUAUUUUGGAGGAGACCCCACUUUGAUAUCCAUCGCUGCAGACAGGGCUGGGGCUGACAUUUCCAGCAUCCAUACGAUAGUCCCUGAAGGAAAGCUCUUCCGAAGAGCACUGCUAAUGGGAGGGUCUGCGUUUUCUCCAAUGAUGGUCACCAGUGAGAAGAGAGCGAAGGAGCAAGUAGAGUUCUUGGCUGCAGAAGUUGAGUGUUCAUCAUCAAACAAAGAUCUUCUGACCUGCCUUCGAGGGGUGGACGCAGGAGCCUUAAACGCUGCCCAGACAAAGCUGCUGGCUCAAAGAGGCCCGUUUCAAACAUGGGGCCCCAUUGUGGAUAAACUUUAUGUCAAAGAGACACCAUCUAGGAUGUUGAGGCAGAAGAAGUUUCAGAAAAUAGACCUUCUGACUGGAAGUUCUGAGCUAGAUGGCUUAAUCAGCCGUGCUAAAGCUAUCAAAAGAUUUGAAGAAACUCAAGGGCGAGUUGACAAAACUGCAUUUUAUCAAGCCCUUCAGAAUUCCUUAGGAGGAGUCGAGGCUAAUUCCCUCCUACAAGAGGCAGCUGUAUGGUUUUAUUCUUUAGAACAUUCCUCAGAUGACUAUACUGGGUUCUCCAAAGCUCUGGAAAAAGCGACACGUGACCAUUUCAUCGCCUGUCCUGUGAUCAAAAUGGCAAAACACUGGGCUGAAAAUUCAAAGGGAAACAUAUACCUGUACCAUGUUCCUGACACCUUGUCUCAGAGCAGUUCUGGCCUGGAUCUCCCCGAAGACGUUAUCCGCGCUUUCGGUCUCCCGUUUCACACAAACUAUAAAAACCAGUUUUCAUCUGAGGAACAGAUUCUCUCAUUAAAGAUUAUGCAAUAUGUUUCCAACUUUGUAAGAACUGGAAAUCCCAACUUUCCAUACACAUUUUCAAGAAGAAUUUCCAAAGAGUUACCUGUCUGGCCUAUGUAUCUUGCACACAGCAACGGCACCAAUUACAAGGAGUUUAGUUCAUCUCUGACUAAUAACCAAGGACUGAAAAAUUCCGAAUGCUCCUUCUGGAAUGACUACAUCCCAACCCUGAAAGUGUCUACAGGAUUGAAAAGUGACUUUUUACCCACAGAGAAAACGCCAGAAAGCAAACUGCUGCCCAGUCUCACUCCAGCAUCUCCAGAGCAAGACAAAGAGGGGUACAAUAGAAGGAAAUAA